UAGGUGGCGGUAUGCAGCUGUCAGUUGUUUGCAAUUCGCAAAUAAAAGGAAAGAAGAAGAAGUCCGUGACGCUAGGGGGCGCUAGCGUUUCUUUUAGGCUCUUACGAGGACUACCCGCGCAGCUCUCUUCAAACAAGAAAGACUACUAAACCUACAGAUAACACACGGACCAAGCAUGAGUUUAGACGUGAAAAAACUGAAAGUGAAUGAGUUGAAGGAGGAGCUCCAGCGCCGCGGCCUUGAUACGAAAGGCCUGAAGGCGGAUCUGAUGGAGAGGCUGAAAGCUGCUCUGGAGGCUGAAGCUGAGACGGAUACCUCAGAGCAAACUGGGCAGGAGGAAUAUGGCGAUGAAACCCAAGAGGAAGAGGAUGUUCAAGAACAGCAAGAUCAAGACCUCGGAGGUGGUGAUGAUGAUGAUGAUGGUGGGGAUGAUGGCGGUGAUAACCCUCAACAGGAAGAUGAAGGAAGAGAUUCUGGCAGCUACUAUGAGGAAGAGGAAACUGGAGCAGAAACCGAGCAGUUCGAAAGUCAACAAACUUCAGACCCCGGUCAUGAUGAUGUGCAAAGAUCGAGCGUGAUGUCUGAGGAGGAGAGCAAGCCAGAGGCGACGUUUGAGGGAAACACAAAUGACAUUAAAACCGAAAUUAAAACAGAAGAUGAGACUGGGCCUGUUGAAGACAGACAGCAAGAGGCUCAGGGGACAGAACAGCAGGGCCAGGCUGAAAUCAAAGUGGAAGACAGCAAAGGUGGGAAUAGCCGAAAGAGACCACAUGAGGAGAACAGAAGCUAUGGCUACUAUGAGCACCGUGAGGAGAAGAGAUCUCGUACACCACAACCUCCGGCUGAAGACGAAGAAGAAAAUGUAGACGACACCAUAGUAACAAUUGAUACAUACAAUUGCGAUCUGCACUUCAAAGUGUCCAGGGAUCGUUACAGUGGUUACCCAUUGACCAUCGAAGGUUUCGCUUACCUGUGGGCUGGAGCUCGAGCAACUCAUGGUGUGACUCAGGGACGUGUUUGUUACGAGAUGAAGAUUAAUGAAGAGAUUCCUGUAAAGCACCUGCCCAGCAGUGAGCCUGAUCCCCACGUGGUCAGGAUUGGAUGGUCCCUCAACAACUGCAGCACUCAGCUUGGUGAGGAGCCCUUCUCCUUUGGAUAUGGAGGGACAGGGAAAAAAUCCAGUGACUGCAAGUUUGCAGAUUUUGGCGAGAAGUUUGGUGAAAAUGAUGUCAUCGGCUGCUACAUAGACUUUGAAACCAGUAAUGAAGUAGAGAUGGGCUUCUCCAAGAACGGAGUGAAUCUCGGCGUAGCUUUCCGGACAACCAAGGAGGCGCUGGCAGGACGCGCUCUUUUCCCCCAUGUGCUGGUGAAGAACUGCGCUGUUGAAUUCAACUUUGGGCAGAAGCGGGAGCCCUACUUCCCCCCACUAGAGGGAUACACCUUCCUCCAUGAUCUUCCUAUGGAGGAGAAAAUCAGAGGCACAAAAGGGCCUGCCAACAAAUCGGAAUGCGAGAUUUUGGUGAUGGUUGGUCUUCCUGCCUGUGGAAAAACCACGUGGGCCAUUAAACACGCUGAAGAAAAUCCAGACAAGAAGUACAACAUCCUUGGCACGAACGCCAUCAUGGACAAAAUGAAGGUGAUGGGUCUCCGUCGUCAGAGAAACUACGCCGGGCGCUGGGAUGUCCUCAUCCAACAAGCCACCCAGUGUCUGAACAGGCUGAUUGAGAUCGCCGCCCGCAAGAGACGGAACUACAUCCUGGAUCAGACAAAUGUAUAUGGAUCAGCAAGGAGACGAAAAAUGCGUCCUUUUGAAGGUUUUCAACGCAAGGCUAUUGUAAUUUGUCCCACGGACGAGGAUUUUAAAGAACGAACAUUAAAGCAAACCAAUGAGCAGGGGAAGGAUGUGCCCGAUCAUGCUGUGUUAGAAAUGAAAGCCAACUUCACCCUCCCUGAGCCCUGCGAUUUCCUAGAGGAUGUGGCGUUUGUGGAGCUGCAGCGUGAAGAGGCUGAAAAGCUGUUGAAGCAGUACAACGAGGAGGGCCGCAAGGCCGGCCCACCUCCCGACAAGCGCUUUGAUAACAGGCAGGGUGGGUUCCGUGGCCGCGGCAGUGGCAGCUACCAGCGCUAUGACAACCGGGACGGGUUCCGUGGUGGCUACCAGAACCGUAGUGGAGAUGGAGGCAGUGGAUACAGAGGAGGUUACAAUCGUGGCAGCUACAACCAGAACCGGUGGGGUAACAACUACCGUGACGGAGGCUCAGAUUCGCGCAGCAGCUACAGCCGCAGCCAGCCGUCAGGAGGAAGCUACAAUCGCCCAGCUUCCUACAACAAGGGCGGAUACAGCCAGGGCUACAAUCAGAGCUACAAUCAGGGGUACAACCAGGGCAACUACAACCAGAACUACUACAGCAGCUACAGUCAGUACCCAGGAUACAGCCAGAGCUACAGCCAGACACCUGCACCUGCACCUGCACCUGCACAGACGUACAACCACCACCAGCAGCCGCCCGCGCAGCAACCACCAGCGCAGCAAACGCAGAGCUACAACCAGCAAUAUCAGCAGUAUGCUCAGCAGUGGCAGCAGUACUACCAAAACCAGAACCAGUGGAACCAGUAUUACAGCCAAUAUGGUGGCUACCCUGGACAGGGCAGCCAAGGCUCCUCUUCUGGUUCCCAGUAGCCUCCUCCUGCAUCUGCUCCUGAUUCUGCCAGUCUCCUCCCCAACACCUCUGACCUCUGCAAUGAAUUCAUUUUCUGUUUUUGUACAGUUUCUCUUUAAGUCACCAAUUAUGGAUCCUGUCUGUUUUAACACACUAGCCUCUGUUUCUUACACACAUUAUACAGCUCGUCUGUUUAUUUUUACUGAACCGAGUCUUUAAGCAUUGAACGUGAGGUGGUAGAUGAUAGCUAUUCUGAACAUGUAAUGAAUGUUAAUGAUUAUGCAUCAGAUGUGGAUGUCUGACCUCCACGUUUCCCUCAGUUUGAAGAGGUGACUGUAUAAUUAUAGGCUACAGAAAGAAAAGACGACAGGAAGAGAAAUUCUGACUAAGCUUAACAGAGAACAAAAUGCAUGCUUCUUACCUUUAUUACCCAGCCCUCUGUCUUGCUUUUUAUUUUUCAGUUGCUGAGUGAGCAUCUUUUAUUUACCGCAAUAGAAACCGAACAUUAUGGAGCAUUUUUAUAGGUGUUGGUACUGUAGUAUUUAAUCUGACCUUUGAUUGAGUAAUCCUUUGCCGCUUGUGUAGUUGUAUUUGCCUUUUUUUUAAUUUCCAUCCCCUUUAUAUUCAUCGAGUCUUGUAGUUCAAGCCAUUUUUUUUUCUACCUUAAAAGAAUCAGAUUUUUGACCAGUUAUGCCAGCUGUUGUGUCUUUAUACAAUAAACACAGUUGUAAAUGCCA